AUGGGGGAAGGAGUUGGUGCGUCAUGGUAUUUAAUGCUAAACACACUUAUUAGUCGAGAGCGGCUUCGCACUAGUUCUCUUAACAGCUUGCCAGUAGGUAAGUCGCUGGCUACAGAUGAGGAUCGGAAUAGGGAAGCUGCUUGGAUUGUAGUGUCAUGCCGUGAAUUGAAUCUUGGUAUUGAUACAAUGAGCCUUGCAGCUGCAACUUUGGAUCGUGUUCUGCUUGCCAAGCGUGUACAGACCAAAUACGUCAAUUGUGUCGCUGCAGCUUGCCUGUCUUUGGCCAUCAAAUUCUGUGAAGAAUGCCUUACAGGAGCGGAUCAUUUAAUUGCUAGACUCAGUCUUCGUUAUAGCGUUCGUGAAUUGAACAGAAUGGAAAGGGCAGUACUAAGUGCGUUGAAAUGGGAUCUUGAUGUGCCCAGUGCGUAUCGUUUUAUUGAAGCGAUGCUCGUUUCAACAGGAUUUUCGCCAGAGACUGAUUUGGCCCGCAGUUAUUUGGAGGAUAUUUUUCGCUUUCCUUUAGAGGCAGUUAUUCGUUCUGCGAAAUUAAACUUUAAAUUUCGCCCUUCACUAAUAGCUUUAACGCUUUACUCUUACUUUCUGGAGGCGUCUGGUUCCCCAUUUUGGCUCCAAAUCACUGUGGGCCUACAACAUUUGUUAAAGGUGGAUAAUGAUGAAAUGUUAGUAUGUUGGGAGGCUAUAACGGAUGUUAUAUAUGUCGAAGACAAGGAAAAUCGUAUGGCUGUGUUCGAUAACGGAGAGGUAUCCGUAAGAAAACUCAGUGAUUCGUUACCAAACGGGAAAAGCGAGAAUGACGAUUCUAGUUUAUUUAAAGCAAAGUCGGGUCGCUGUGCGAAACGGAAGUUCACUAACUUACGGUCUAACUAUGCAUUAGCUUGUUUGACUCAGCAGGACUGA